AAAUGCUGCGCGUAUUGGACUUACUGAAACUUGCAUAACUAACGCAUGAUCCCUAAUGUUGUUUUGAUCCUUGAACUGAUGUCUUCCAUAUAGUUACAAAACAAGAGAAGAUGACUUCAAAUGCCACUCCUGCCCCAGAGCCAUGCCACCUGGCCACUCUUCAGAAGUAUUUUGGGCAUCUGCAGUUCAGAGCCAAGCAGUGGGACAUUAUUUGGAGAGUCUUAAAUGGCGCGUGUGACCAGCUGGCGGUGAUGGCCACCGGGUCGGGCAAGUCGCUCUGCUACCAGUACCCGGCCGUGCACCGGGCCGGCCUCAGCGUGGUGGUGUCCCCGCUCAUCUCGCUGAUGGAGGACCAGGUCCUCUCGCUGCAGCUGUCGGGGAUCGCCGCCUGCCUGCUGGGCAGCGCCCAGACCCGCUCCGGUGAGGUGAUGCGGGACCUGCGGCAGGGCAAGUACCGCGUCCUCUACAUCACGCCCGAGUUCGCCGUCGAAAAUAUGCAGUUUCUGCAAGAGCUGGUCGACUUCGCGGGCGUAACGCUGGUGGCAGUGGACGAGGCGCACUGUGUCAGCCAGUGGGGUCACGACUUCAGGUCCUCCUACAGGAAGCUGGACGUGCUGCGGAAAGGGUUGCCAGGUGUGCCGAUCCUGGCGCUGACGGCGACAGCCACGCCGGAGGUUCGAACAGACAUCGUCCGCUCGCUUGAGCUCAGGAACUGCGUCACGCUUGUGACGUCUUUCGAUCGCCCGAAUCUGUUUCUGGAGGUGCGGGCCAAAUCCUCGAGCGCCCUGGGUGACCUCACAUCACUCAUGCAGCGAGUCGACGGCAAGUGGCGCUUCGAUGGCGCCACUAUCGUCUACUGCCCCACGCGCAAGGUCACUGAGGUCAUCCACACCGCGUUUCUCAACUCCGGGGUGCCGUGUGUGAUGUACCACGCCGGCAUGAGUCUGCCUCAGCGGAAGGCAUCUCAUGAGCAGUUUGUUCGCGACAAGGUGUCCGUCAUCGUCGCCACGGUGGCUUUCGGCAUGGGCAUCGAUAAGCCAGAUGUGCGCCGUAUCGUGCACUACGGCGCCUCGCGGGACGUGGAGUCCUACUAUCAGGAGAUCGGACGGGCCGGCCGCGACGGCCAGGCGGCGAUCUGCACCGUGUUCUUCAAGUCGGCCGAUUUCGUGCUGCACAGACACUUCCUGGGUACGGUGAACUCGGCGUCGUACCUGCAGCACCGGCUGGACAUGCUGACGGGCUUCGAGGCGCUGCUGAGCGGCACCGGCUGCCGCCGCCGCGCGCUGCUGCGCCACUUUGACUCGGUCGCCGCGGCUGGCGAACGGCACGGUUGCUGCGAUAACUGCAACAACAAGUAUGGCAGCAAGCGGACGGCCGGCCCGGACGCCACCGAACAGGACGGCGGCCGCAAUUUCGCGGCGCAGGCGGCCAUGCUGCUGGGGGCCGUGCAGCUCUGCAAGGGACGGUCCGGCUUGAGUACGCCCAUCCUUUAUCUGCGAGGCUCGUCAAACAAGAAAGUCUGGGAGUGGCUGAAGGAGCAAGAAGGCUAUGGCUCGGGAAAGGAAUACUCAGAUGUGUUUUGGAAGGCGCUAGGGAAGAUGCUGAUGUUCGAGAAGUACCUGGGCGAGCGGGGCGGAGGUGCGAUGCGCGCCCGAGGCGGUGCCAUGCGGGGUCGCGGCCGCGGCGCGCCCAGCUUUUUCACCACAGUACACGUCACUGCCAAGGGCGAGGAGUUCUUGAAGGCCUAUGCCCGUGAUCGCGCCACCCGGCUGGAGCUCGUACCCACCGAGGACAUGCGCGCGCAACAGCGGCCCAACCACACCGACUUCGCCGACGUGACGGCGGCGGCCGGCUCGGCGCGCCGCCAGAUGCUGCCGGACCGGCCGGCCGACGACCAGGCCGUGUGCGGCGUGACCGUCGAGCCGCUGCCCGACCCGACCGAGCUCAAGUACCGGGGCCUGCUCUACACGGAGCUGCUGGCGCUGCGCUCCCGCCUCAGCGACCAGCUGGGCGUCAUGCCCUACAUGGUGGCCAGCAACAAGACGCUGCUGGAGCUGGCGCGGCGGCGGCCCAGCUCCGUGCGCCGUCUGGUCGCCGUCGAGGGCGUCACCGACAUCAAGGCGCAGAAGUACGGCUACGAGAUCGUGGAGCUCAUUAGCCACAUGGCGCUCAAGUACAACCUCUCCACGGACAACUUCCCCGAGCAGGCGGCGGGCGCGUCGGGGCCGUCGGCGGAGGAGGAGGAGGCGAUGCUGAUGCACAUGUCGGAUACGCAGCGCCACAGCUACGUCAGCGUGUGCCGGGACGGUCUCAGCGUGGAGCGAGCGGCCGCAGAACGGUCGCUACAGCCGUCCACGGUGGUGGGCCACCUGUGCGAGGCCAUCAAGCUGGGCCUGCCGGUGGACCUGUCCCGGCUGGAUGUGGAUCAGGCGCUGGUGGACACGGUGGCCCGCGUGGUCCGCAGCCCUGCCAUCGGCUCAGACAUCAGUCGCCUCCGCGUGAUCAAGGAGCACUGUCCCGACGACGUGACCUACGACCAGUUGAAGACCUGCCUGGCCGUGAUCGCCCGUUUGUACGGCCUGACCGGUCGCUCGUGCAGCUCGGCCGGCCGCCCCCAGACCGAGCGGGCCGCCGCCCCGCCCGCCAGCCAGCCGACCGGUUCCCCCGAGCGGGCCACGCCCUCAUCGGGCGGCGCCGAGCCGUCGGACGGAGGCUGGCUGUCGGCGCGCGGCCCGGCCACCACCAUCGUGCCUGCACGCCGACUGGAGACCUCGCAAGCACGGCUGACGCGCUACCUGGCGCCGGCGGCAGGCUCGCCGCCUUCGCCUCCGGUGUCGCAGCCGCAGCCAGCGGCCGGGCGCGUCACUGUCCGGCCCGGCGCUGGCCUCCAGCUGGUGGAUCCGUUCGGCGACGAUUCGGAUCCGGACGAGGCGGAGCUGCUGGCCGCCGAGCGGGCGGCCGAGGUCAGACCGGCACCGAGCGCCGAGCCGCCGCCGCCACCACCGGAGCGGUUCCGCUGGCCCGGCGCCGCCGCCGCGGCCGACGAAGACGAGGGCGAGGCCGCAGCGCCGGCCCGGCCGCUAUGGGGCCGCCUAGACCCGGACGAGGUGAACUCGCGGCCGGCGCGGGCCGUGGUCGGCUCGCGGCCGGCCCGGGCUGAAGACAGAGCCCUACCGGCCCCGGUACGGCGGGCGCCGGUCAGACUGCGGCCCGGGAACCUGCUGUCCGACUCUGACUCCGAGGACGACUCGCCGGUCGUGCCGCGGCCUGGCACCAAGCGGAAGCUGCCCGGCUGGAUGGCCCAUGCUGCCGCCGCCGGCCCGCGGUCGCCCAGCACAGCAGCCAAGAAGCGCUCGUUACUGUCGAAGUGAUCGUGUUUAUGUGCUAAGGUAGCGGUUCGCUUGUUUUCAUGUUCGUGGUGUUGUCAUAGAUCGAAACGGCAGUAAGGGAAUGCCAAAUAUUUCGUUCGCAUGUAUUGCGCGGCAAAUAAACGAUCGACGUGAAAA